GGGGCGGGACUCCAGGGGUUCCACUUCGUGGCGCGAGCGGCUCUCGGGGGUAGCUGUGGCGCCCCGGUGGCCACGACUGAGGGGCUCUGUUCCUUUAGACCCAGCUGGGGUUGGAGGCCGGUUAAGGUAGGAGAAAACUCAAUGACAAAACUUAAUUCCCGCUCAGAGCCUUGCUCUCCGCGGCUCCCACGGGUCUUCCUCUUUAUAUCCCCCCCUCUUCGGUGGAAACUUGGAGUGUUCCGCUCCACGCGGGGGGCGGAGCCGAGUAUAGCUUAGUGGGCUUCCAGGCAACCCGGAGCCACCUCAUACAGCCCCGAAAACAAAGGGGGUAUGUCAGAGGCCUUUCUGUCGCGAGGUCUCAGUCACGGAUUUGUCCUGCGUGGCCGGUCCAGGACUAGAAACCGUCCCGGCAGCUGGGAGCUUGGUAGAGGCGGGGCGGCGAUAGCGCCACCCCCGGUCUCCUCCCCCGCACCGCCCAGCGGUGCGAAACUCUGGUUGGCUUGUCUAGUAAGUUGUACUUUAGGUCUAUCAUUUUGAAAAGUCCUGACCUCCUCCCGCCCUACCCUAGUCGGAGAACUCACUGAAGCUGAGUGUUUGGGGACCAGGCCGGCUUGAAGGCUGCAAUCCUGGCGGACACCACCGGGCAAAUUCGGCGCCGCGGCCGGUGAGCGUGGGCGAGAUGCGGAGCAGGAGCAAUUCUGGGGUCCGCCUGGACGGGUACGCGAGGCUGGUGCAGCAAACCAUCCUGUGUUACCAGAACCCAGUCACUGGGCUGUUAUCAGCCAGCCAUGACCAGAAGGAUGCCUGGGUACGGGACAACAUCUAUAGCAUACUGGCUGUGUGGGGCCUGGGCAUGGCUUACCGAAAGAAUGCCGACCGUGAUGAGGAUAAAGCCAAGGCCUAUGAGUUGGAACAGAAUGUGGUGAAGUUGAUGCGAGGUCUUCUCCAAUGCAUGAUGCGACAGGUGGACAAAGUGGAGAAGUUCAAGCACACGCAGAGUACCAAGGACAGUCUGCAUGCCAAGUACAACACGGCCACUUGUAGCACCGUGGUGGGUGAUGACCAGUGGGGCCACCUACAGGUGGAUGCCACCUCCCUCUUCCUCCUGUUCCUGGCUCAGAUGACUGCCUCAGGCUUGCGUAUUAUUUUCACCCUUGAUGAAGUGGCCUUCAUACAGAAUCUUGUCUUCUACAUAGAAGCUGCAUAUAAAGUUGCCGAUUAUGGAAUGUGGGAGCGUGGAGAUAAGACUAAUCAGGGCAUUCCAGAACUGAAUGCGAGCUCUGUGGGAAUGGCCAAGGCAGCACUUGAGGCAAUUGAUGAACUUGAUCUUUUUGGAGCCCAUGGAGGACGCAAGUCAGUCAUCCAUGUCCUACCUGACGAAGUCGAGCACUGCCAGUCAAUUCUUUUCUCCAUGUUGCCAAGAGCAUCAACAUCUAAAGAAAUCGAUGCUGGACUUCUUUCUAUUAUUUCUUUCCCGGCCUUUGCAGUAGAAGAUGUGAACCUUGUAAAUGUGACCAAAAAUGAAAUCAUUUCCAAGCUUCAGGGGCGUUAUGGAUGCUGUCGCUUCCUUCGGGAUGGUUACAAAACCCCAAGAGAGGACCCACAUCGAUUGCAUUAUGACCCUGCUGAACUUAAGCUCUUUGAAAACAUUGAAUGUGAAUGGCCUGUGUUCUGGACUUACUUAAUCAUAGAUGGAAUCUUCAAUGGUGAUGCUGUUCAGGUCCAAGAAUACCGAGAAGCUCUGGAAGGAAUCUUAAUCAGGGGCAAAGAUGGGAUCCACUUGGUGCCAGAACUCUAUGCCAUCCCACCAGACAAGGUGGAUGAAGAGUACAAGAACCCACACACAGUAGACCGAAUUCCACUGGGGAAGCUGCCCCAUCUUUGGGGACAGUCCUUGUACAUCCUCAGCUCCCUGCUGGCCGAGGGAUUCCUUGCCACUGGUGAAAUUGACCCCUUAAAUAGAAGAUUUUCUACUUCAGUCAAACCUGAUGUUGUAGUACAAGUCGCUGUUUUGGCGGAAAACAGUCACAUUAAGGGGCUGUUGCGGCAACAUGGGGUGAAUGUCCAGAGCAUUGCUGAUGUGCAUCCGAUUCAAGUCCAGCCAGGCCGGAUUCUUAGUCACAUAUAUGCCAAACUUGGACGAAAUAAGAAUAUGAAGUUGGGUGGUCGACCAUAUCGGCACAUUGGUGUCCUUGGCACCUCUAAACUCUAUGUGAUUAGGAACCAGAUCUUCACUUUUACACCCCAGUUCACGGACCAGCAUCACUUCUACCUGGCCCUGGACAAUGAGAUGAUUGUGGAGAUGCUGAGGAUCGAGCUGGCCUAUCUGUGCACCUGCUGGCGGAUGACCGGCCGCCCCACACUCACCUUUCCUGUCACGCACACCAUGCUCACCAGUGAUGGAUCAGAUAUUCAUCCUGCAGUUCUUUCUACAAUCAGGAAACUAGAAGAUGGAUAUUUUGGAGGUGCUAGAGUAAAACUAGGAAGCCUGGCAGAGUUCCUCACUACCUCAUUCUACACCUACCUGACCUUCCUGGAUCCAGACUGUGACGAGAAGUUGUUUGAUGACGUCAGCGAUGGGAGCUUUAGUCCUGACAGCGAGUCAGACAUAGGAGGAUACCUGGAGGACAGCAGUCAUCCAGAAAGCCAAGAUGAACUUGACCAGUACAUCAACCACCUUCUUCAAAGCACAUCCUUGAAGUGCUACCUGCCUCCUCUUUGUAAGAAGUCAGAAGACAGACAUGUUUUUAGUGCUGUCCACUCCACUCGGGACAUACUUUCUGUGAUGGCCAAAGCGAAGGGUUUGGAAACUCCAUUUUUUCCAAUGGUUUUGCCUACUAAAGUUCUGAGUGGACACCGGAAGUCACUGAAUCUUGUUGACUCCCCUCAGCCACUCCUAAAGAAGACUCCUGACUAUGACUGCCAGUGGCCCAGAGACGACCAUGGUGAGAUGGACUGUGAAAAGCUAGUUGGGCAACUGAAAGACUGCUCAGACCUGCAGGAGCAAGCAGACAUUCUGUACAUUCUUUAUGUAAUCAAGGGUCCCAGCUGGGAUACCAAUCUGUUUGGACAGCAUGGAGUCACUGUUCACAGUCUUCUCAGCGAGCUCUAUGGAAAAGCUGGCCUGAAUCAAGAAUGGGGUUUGAUCCGCUACAUUUCAGGCCUGCUCAGGAAGAAAGUGGAGGUCCUGGCUGAGGCUUGUGCGGAUCUGCUGUCCCACCAGAAGCAGCUUACAGUGGGUCUUCCCCCUGAGCCCCGGGAGAAGACCAUCUCCACGCCUCUUCCCCCAGAGGAGCUCACAAAACUCAUCUAUGAGGCCAGUGGACAGGACAUCAGCAUCGCCGUCCUCACACAGGAGAUCGUGGUUUACCUGGCCAUGUAUGUCCGGGCCCAGCCUAGCCUCUUUGCAGAGAUGCUCAGACUCCGGAUUGGAUUGAUCAUCCAGGUGAUGGCCACAGAGUUGGCUCGGAGCCUGAACUGCUCAGGAGAAGAAGCUUCAGAGAGUUUGAUGAACCUCAGUCCCUUCGACAUGAAGAACCUCCUGCAUCAUAUUCUGAGUGGGAAGGAGUUCGGUGUGGAGAGAAGCGUGCGCCCAAUUCACUCCUCCACAUCCAGCCCUGCCAUCUCCAUCCAUGAGGUGGGUCAUACUGGAGUCACCAAAACUGAGAGGAGUGGUAUCACCAGACUGAGGAGUGAGAUGAAGCAGAGGUCCAGUACCCCAUCCUCCCCAACGGGCACGUCAUCUACAGACUCCGGAGGACAGCACAUGGGAUGGGGCGAGCAGCAGGGCCAGUGGCUGCGCAGGAGAAGGCUGGACGGGGCCAUCAACAGGGUCCCCGUAGGCUUCUACCAGAGAGUGUGGAACAUCCUUCAGAAGUGCCAUGGUCUGUCCAUCGAUGGUUAUGUCCUCCCGUCUUCAACAACUCAAGAGAUGACCCCGUGUGAGAUCAAGUUUGCUGACCACGUGGAGUCAGUGCUCAACCGCGUGUCCCAGCCCGAGUAUCGGCAGCUGCUGGUGGAAGCCAUCAUGGUACUGACCCUGCUCUCAGAUACGGAGAUGGACAAUAUCGGAGGCAUCAUCCACGUGGACCAGAUUGUGCAGCUGGCCAAUCAGCUGUUUCUUCAGGACCAGGUAUCAUUUGGAGCCACAGACAUCCUGGAAAAAGACCAAGCCACAGGAAUUUGUCACUUGUUUUAUGACAGCGCUCCUAGUGGCGCCUAUGGUACAAUGACCUACCUAACAAAAGCAGUGGCUUCCCAUUUGCAGGAACUGCUGCCCAGUUCAGGCUGCCAGAUGCAAUAGGGCCUUACCCAUAAACACGACCACCCUCUGAAUCUGCACUCGGUCCCAUAGCCUCAUUGGGAAGUCUCUUCUGCCUUCCCCCUGGGUCCCCUGUUCUGAUCCCCACCAGAAAGCUUCCCGGGGAGGAGAUGACAGUACUCAAGCCGGAAGCAAUGUGUGUUUAAGCCACAGAUAAAGCUGAUGAAUCCCUGCUCCCCUGAGAAGCAGCCUGGGAUCAUUUUCUAGGUUCAUUUCACUGGAACGUUUGUCACAGCAGCUGGGCUCCUGGACUCGGAAAAGGAACUGGAAAUUGGUCUCUUCUGAGUGCAGAGUGAACUGAGAAGCCAGCUUAAAUUGGCUCUCACCAAGAGUUACAGAAAUAGGUCCGAUGAGCUAGUGAUACAUGUUGAGGUGGAAAGAUCCCUCCAGCGACAAUAGCUAGACAAGCAGAGCUGGACAGGGGUACAGCCCAACAGAGUGCAGUCUGUCUGAGGACCGAACUGUUCACCUGACAGAGUAAUUCGGUCUCUCUGGAAAUCUCUCCUAACCCCCACUCUGUUGAGGUCAUAGAAGUCUUCAUUGCCCACAUGAACUAAAUUGGCCCUAGUUAAUAUUGGCUCAUAGUCUUCAGAGGAUCUUGUCCUGACUGUCCACAGGCGUCUCCUCUCACCUUAGAAAAAUUCCUUAGCUUCCAGAAUCCAGAAAAAAACAACAACAAAGGGAAGGUGAGGCCCUGACUCUUCAGAUAGCCAGACUGUCUUAGGAGGGGGUCCCGUGGAAAGAAAGGCCUAUGUCCCUGGUCCCCCUGAGAUCACCACCGUGCAUGCUCAAAGCAUGAGUCAGCAUUUGCCAUGGAAAUCAGUGGUGUGUUCCUGCAGAAACAAUGCUCCCUUAAAAAUAGCCUGGGAACCCAGACCAUGUUUUUACAGAAACACUCUCAGAUGGGCAGGGUUGGUACACUAUGGCAGAGAAGGCUGAGUCCUGGCAAAGUCUGGUGAAUCUUUUGCCAUUGUCUUGGUGAAUGGAGGUUCUUUUUAAACCUUGCCUUCCCCAUGUUGGGACAGGGAUAAAUAACUGAAAGAGUAGUUUCUGUGAAUAAUCAGGCCUGAAGGACAAAGUCACCUAGUGGCCAGAUGCUACAUUCCCAUCUAGUUGUGAGAGGUUCUGGUUCACAGUGACUCUUCACCUCUGAAGUGGAAACAAGGCUGCUUUACCAUCUUCUCAGAGUCUGUGUGGAGAAGGGUCUUGGUGUUCAGAGGUGAACAGUAUCCCUCAGGGUGGAGAUUUGGGGCUGACUUCACUUGAUUCUCAAAACAGAAGGUGGCAGGGUGCCCUGCUAUUCCCUACCAUUUCUAGGCAUUUCUAAAAACUGUCUUUACCUGUGUGUGUCCGUGUGAGUGUGUGCCGCCUGCGUGGGAGUCCCUGCAGAGACCAGAAGAGAACAUCAGAUCCCCCAAGAGCUGGAGCUACGGGCAUUUGUGAACCACCCUGAUAUGGGUACUGGGCCCCAAACUCAGGUCCUUGGAAGAGCAGCAAGGACCUGCUGAGCCAUCUCUCCUGCCCUCUUGGAUCUUCAACAUAAACCAGGGUCAGAGUCACGUGGUCCACUGACAGGUUCCCUGGUAGGUAAUUUCAAACACACGGUGAGACAGGAACAAGGCUUGAAAGGCACGGGAGAAGUUCUAGAAGCAGAGCCCCUCAGACUGGGCCCGGUGCUAAUUCCACACACUCUUAGCCUGCCAGUGCCCUGGCUGUGACGUGAGAAGUGGCAGCUGCUGGGUUGGGCUCAAGAUGAGCCACAAUGAGCCGUUCACUGCAGCCUCGCAGGCACUCUCUGAAAUCUCUCCCCUGUGCAGUCCCGAAAUAGGACUGCAUUUCCACAGGCAGCGAGCUGCCAGCUUCAAAGGAGGAGAGCAGGCUUCCGAGACGAUCCCUUUAGUGAGCAGCCGAGGCCAUGGCCAAGAGGGACAGAUGUUUGCGGGGACGAUGACAGCCCCAUCCUGACAUCAGCCUUGCCUGGAGGUGCUGGUGGGGAGAAGGUCUCCUAGCCCCUGUGGCCUCCGUCUUGGCUGGCUGUGCCCCCGCUCCCAGAGACAUGGCAGGGAACCUCUUUCCCGUCUUCCCUCCCAAAGCUGAAACGCCAGUUUUUGACCUUUGCAGGGGACUAGAAUGUGGCCCUAGAGGACAGGUCAGUGAAUGCAGGGGUUAACUUCAUAUUUAACAGAGCCAGUUGAAAGGCGGCAGGCUGCCCUCUGCUCUGCUUGCCCCGGUUUUGCCAAAGGUAAGCUUUGCUAUCCUGGCACUGACACCAGGACUUGAUCUUGGGUAAAGGGAGUUAACCUUUGUGUGCCUUAGUUUACCCAUCUGCCAAAAGGAGUAGGAGACCUCCUGACUGGUACAGAAGCUUCCUUUGGCAGUUAGGUGACCAGAUAUUCCCUAGGACAACACCAAGCCAUCUGAAGCGAAGGGACACUGUGUCAUGUCCAGGUUAGUCUGCCCUCCUUCUCAGCCUCAGCCAUAGGAAAGUGGUUGGCAGGCGUCAGCUGCCCAGAUAGCAAGAAUGCAAAUAUUUCUUGGAGAACAAAAUGGAGAGCCCACCAGUCAAGCGGUAAAGAAACACUUGGCCAGUUGAUUGAUGCCAUUGGUUUCUGGACAAGAUGACAGGAGCCUUGGCCUCUUUCCAUAAACUACAGCGGAGUCAUCUCUCCAUCCUGUUGACUUGGGCACAAGUCCAACAAGUCACCUUUGGCUUCUCUGCUUCCUUCUUGUCAAAGGGGACAACAGUCUCUCAUCUCUCCCUGGGUGCCAUUCUCUCUCAAGGUGACUCCAGCUUUUGAAGUCCCUGCCAUCUGCCACGUGCACCUCUGUACUUUGCAGGAUGGAAGAACGUCGUCUUCCCAGAAUGCCGUCUGUUCUCCAGUAUUGGCCAUUGAUAGUUCUGCUGGUGAAGAAAAAAGCAGCACUUUGCCCUCACCGAGCCCAGUCCCCCUUGUCUCUCUCCAUCAGAAAGCCAAUUAGGAAAAGCCAUAACCUUGAGUUACUGAGAGAAUUCUCAGAGGAAUGAGAAGAGCAGUUACUAAGAUUAGCUUCCAAUCUUAGGCUGUGUGUCUGAUUGAUGGUAGGGAAAAUUCCAUCAGAAAACUAUCUUUCAAGAGAAGAUAUGUGUGUGUAUUUUGAAGGGACUAUAAUGCCUUCUUAGAGAGACUGCACUCAGUAGAGACAGUGAGCUCUGAACGUGUGUGACUUUCCCCUUGCCUUACUGCAGUCCAUAACUGGUCUGAGAAAUGAACAAACGAAUCUGAAGGCAUGUGCAGCAUGCCUUCCAUGGCCAGGCAUCGCUAACUAAGCACAUAGAGACUUGGCCAUGCACAGUGGCAGAUAACGAGCAGCCCACUCAUUUCUGAAACCCUCAGAGGAAGGCACAUUGACCAGGCUGCUUAUCCGAGAGUUCUUCAUGCUGAUCUGUUGACAUUCACAUCUCAGUUCUAAAUCUGGUGGCUGCCGAAGCCUUCCGCUUCCAGCUAGUGGAGGUGAGGUGCGGACGGCUUCAGGUUGACCAUGCUGCAUCUUCAUUGGGCACAAGGGAUAAAGAACUGUUUCCAUAGCUCGUGUGUGUGUGUGUGUGUGUGUGUGUGUGUGUGUGUGUGUGUGUGUGUGGUGUCAAUGUGUGUAAUUGUGCACAUUUAGAGACUAGAGGAAGACAUUGUGUAUCCUCUGUCGCUCUCCACAUCAUCCUCUUAAAUCAGGGUCUCACUUGAUCUGGAGAUAAGCUGAAAGCUAGCAAGCCUCCAGUCUCUACUCUCCCACACACCCCGCUUGUGUGUGCAUGCAUCCAAGCACACACAGGAUGCUGGAGCUAGAGGUACAUGUGUGGCUGCACCUGACCUGUUUAUGAGUUUGGGGGUUUAAACUCAGGUUCUUCUUGCAUAGCAAUCACCCUUACCUGCUGAGCCCAGAGCCACCCACAUCUCCUAUUCAGAAGGAUCAGCCCAGCUACACAUUCAGGAUGGACUUGCCAAGGAGAAAUACCAGUCAGUAAUUGACUCUUGGCUCUCAUGGCCAUAGUGUCACUUUUGGCCAAAUGUCUCAGUUCUGACUUGCAAAUAACAGAAUCACACCCUAGCUCAGUAAAUGCGAAAGAUAUUCCAUAAAGAAGAUUGACUAAGUCCCAUAUCACCAGAACCAAAUCUCCAGCUUGCUCCCAGGCUCCCAGAUGCCCCUGAUGCAGGAUACUGCCACCAAGGCCAGAUGGGCCACCUCUGCCCUUCUGGAAACUGAAUGUAGGGACUGCCACCUGUCAUCAGCAUGGACUGCAAACAGCCACAGGCUGCCAGUACAAGGCCUUGGGCAGGAAUGCAGUGUCAGCUGGUGGAAGAAGCCAUUAGCUGGUCUUCUGCCUCUAUACAGUUGAGGCGGCCUCAACCUCACAGUGUGGGGAUAAUGAAUAGGGUUGGGCCAGCCACCCUAAACAAAUAGGAUUCCAGCCAGGAGUCUAGUUUUUGUUCUUUGUCCAGAAAAGGACCCCCCCCCCCCCGUGUCUGAGCCGGAAAACUGGCUGUGGAAGUUGUGUGGAGAGUGAAGAGAACACACGGGAACGUCCCCCCUGGCUGGAAACAGGACAGUUGUUUGUAUGUUCUCCUUGGAAGUACAACUGCCAAGCCAUGGUUGUUAGAUGGCCACUGGUAUCCAGGGACAGCCUCCCCACCACCACCACCACACAGCCCUCAGCUUCCAGUGAGCUGUCAUAAAUCAGUCCAGCAAAGCUUGCGGGAGUUGCUGAUGGACCACACAUUCUUCGUGACCACAAGCCCAGCCCCAUUAGGCUCUCUGGACCCUGAGUGACAGCCCAUCUGGAACAAGAUGCAAAUGAUUGUCACAUCUUUCCUUCUAAGCCACUAGCCAGCUGGGGGAUUUAAAAAUAAAGAAUUGGAACAGAA